CUAAAUCCAACCGAACCUAUUGACUUAGGUCUGGCCUCACUCCUCGUCCUCGUUUAAUCUUCUCUUCUCGCACACAGGAUACAUACGCAAACCAGAGGCGACUGGCAAAGGCCAAGGUGAAUCAGGAAACUGUAACGCUCCUAGUCGAACCCUGUUCCUUUCAUUAAAAGGGUGCGAUUGAGUUGGCGCAAGGGAAAAUUUACAGCACUUAAUUUUCCUUGGGGGAUUGAUCUUAGACCACGGUGCUUCUUUGAAUAAUUUGACCAUGACAGAUAUGGCAUGGCUUGGGGCUUUCUUUCUUGGUGCUAGCUGCCUUGCUAUUGCAUAUCUUUUUGGUGCACGGCAUUCUGCUCACCUUUUCCUCUCAAGAAGAGCGUCUGGAGAGGCUGGAAUAGUAGCUGACCUGAACAAAAAAAAGGCGUCCAAACAAUCCCUUGAGAUUGAAAACCUCGCUGAGAUUCUUGAGGACUUCAAGAUGGUUUUAGUUGUAAGAAACGACUUAAAGAUGGGGAAAGGAAAGAUUGCUGCCCAAUGCAGCCAUGCAACUUUAGGUCUAUACAAGAAGCUUUAUAACCGGGCACCAAAAGCUCUGGGAAGGUGGGAGAUGUGUGGUCAGGUUAAGGUCGUUGUCAAAAUUGAAAGUGAAGAUGAUAUGUUGGUUUUACAAGAAAAGGCAAAAUUGAUUAACUUACCAACACAUAUAACCAUUGAUGCUGGGAGAACUCAAAUUGCACCAAACUCAAGGACAGUGAUGGCAAUUCUUGGACCAGCAGAUAUGGUGGAUGAUGUAACCGGUGGACUUAAGCUGUUGUAGUGCCCAUACAGCUUUUCCUUUCCUCAUAUGGAGCAAGACCUGCAAACUUUGUACAAAUGAAACUGAAGAUUCUUGUGGUUUUCUGUAUUGAUAAUGGCGAAAUAUCUCCAACUUUCUGCAGUUGAGCGCGAUUCCAUUUAUGCGCACUUCAAGUAGAGAUAUAUGGAACUUUAUACCAACAUUCCUGUCACGGCCUCCUUAACCUUCCAUUUUGCAGUAACUUAUUUAAUGUAUAAGAACUAGAUGAAAUUGAUGCUCUGAACUAUUAGCGGUGCAUUUACCUAUACUGGAUCCUAGAAGCCAAGUAUACAAUGCUGCAAACAAGCCUUCAGGAGGCCAAUCCACUGUAUCUAUAGGGAAACCGCGGGGCUGGUUUUGCGUCCACUUUCCAAAACUGGCCAGAAACAUCACGUAUGAUGUCAUUAGGCUAGGGCUAGCAGUGGGGUGGCCGCCUGGGAGGUAGCCUUGUGUUAAAUCUUUGAAUAUUCCUUUUUUCUUUAGGAUUUUUCGUCCGUGGAGUCUGGCUAGCACAUGGGGCGGGUGCCAGGUCCCCAGCCUUUGGUCGAUUCUG